GAGGGCUCCUUGCCAACUGCCAUUAAAUAAAAGAAGAAGAAGGAUAAAGAAGAAGAAGAAGAAGAAUGUAGGGGAGUCCACGUGAAGUGAUAACAGGACAUCCGAGUAGAAGACAACAACGUAAACAUGGACGCAGAAGCUGCUGUGAACAAGACGAUUCCUCGUGACCUUGGGAGAGUUCUUGAUGUUGAGCCCCAGGUUGGCUAUAAAGCCAAGGCCUUCACCAAAGCAUUCCUUCAGAACAGCACUGAGCACCAUGCACGUCUUGAUACACAAAGUGUGUUGGAUCGCAAGGCAUUGAUCUUGAAGUAUGCCAGACCUAAGAAAUGCAAACUCAAGAACAGGAGAGCGAAAGGUUUAAAUGCUCAGCAAAAGAGGAAAAUGAAGAUCUUCAAUGUAAAGACUGAACACCAGAGAUAUGAGCUUUUCCUGCCUCUGCAUGAUCUCUGGAAACAGUAUAUCAUUGACCUUUGUGGUCGUUUAAAUCAAACAAGUAGUCCACAGGCUGUCCAGCAGAAGCUUUUGAAGGCAGACUUGCAUGGUGCCAUCAUGACAGUGGUUCGGUCCAAAUGUCCAUCUUAUGUGGGGACAACAGGUAUUCUGAUCCAGGAGUUCAAACAUGUGUUCAAAUUUAUCACCCAGCAAGACAAAAUGAAAGUAAUACCGAAGAGGAACAGCGUAUUUCAAGUCGAGAUCAAUGGUUUUAUCUCUCACAUCUACGGAAGCAAGUUUGAGCAUCGAGCGAGCGAACGCUCCGCCAAGAAGUUCAAAGUCAGUGGAAGUAUUGACUUGUGAUAGCAGACAAUCUGGUGCACCUGGAGACUUGUACUGCAAUACACAUCAAAUAAAUUGCAUUGUGAGACAUUUGUGAUACACUGUUUACAUCUGGGGUGUCAAACUUAGUUUUGUUGCGGGUCACAUUCGGGUGGCUUCAGAGCACCAGUCGUCAAUGUGAAACAAUAUAAAAGUAUUCACUAAUCCUCAAAUAUGUCAUUUUUAGUUUUGAAAUCAAAGGAGAACAUUCAAUACUCAAGUGUAGUCGUUGAUUUGAAAAUGUCUUGGUGACCAAAAAAAUCUCUUUUUGCAAAGAUUUUAAAACUGCAGUAAAAACGAUUGAAAACAAAAAAAAAAUAAUUAUUUAGCAAGAAAGAUAAAUAAGUCAGUCCAUUUCCUGGAAGAGCAAUACAUGAUCUGAUGGUCCAAAUGUGGCAUGUGCUCUUUAAGUUUGACACCUGUUUAGUCCAUUGAUUGUAAGGUUUAGCAAGUAGUAAUGUUAAAAUGAUACGUCAUUUUAGUUGUUUGGUUCAUCUAUUAUGAAUGAUUUUGUGUGUGCGUGCAUGCCUAGUUACAGUUUGUUCAUAGUUAUUCGCCAAUAAUUGCAGAGAGAUAUAAUUUUUCAUCAUUAAUAAGUGUACCCGAGAAAG